CGGCUUGCUCCCUUCGCGCGCGGCACCAGGGCGUGGCGCUUUGCACUCUCGCUGCUUCCGCCGCCUGGCACGCACCCGCCGAUAUCCGGCAUGGGAGGCGGCCUUAGCUUGUUUGGCGGGCGCGACGUUCGCCUGCUCGUCGCCGGACUGGACGCCGCCGGCAAGACCACCGUUCUCUACAAGCUCAAAAACGGCCCCAAGCGCGCCGGCACCGCAGUCAACACCAUCCCGACGCUCAACUUCAACGUGGAGACGUGCCGGAUGAAGAACAUCAAGUUCAGCAUCUGGGACGUCGGCGGACAGGACAGCAUCCGGCCGCUCUGGCGCCACUACUUUACCGGGACGCAGGGCCUGAUUUACGUCGUCGACACAAACGACCGCGCGCGCAUAAAAAAGGCGGCGGAGGAGCUGCACACGAUGGUGGCGAACAACGAGAUGCGGCACGCGUGCGUGCUAAUCUUUGCAAACAAGAUGGACCUGCCGCACUCGCUCGACAUUGACGAGCUCACCAGCGAGAUGCAGCUGCAGCUGCUCGAGGGCCGGCCGUGGCACAUCCAAAGGUCGUGCGCCACCACCGGGGAGGGGCUGUGGGAGGGGCUGCGCUGGAUGGCGGCGAAUGUAAAGGACUUGUGACGCAGAGCCAUGUGAAGGAUGUCCUGAGAGUGUUGGGGCCCCCGCGCGCGCCGGCCGCCGCCGCCCGCGAGUGCGGAGAGGCAGAGGUUCGUGCGUCUAUCGUGCGCAUGAUGCAUCGUUACGUGUCGCGGGCGCCCCGCCGCGUCGCGCGGGCCUUUCGUUGUCUAUUUUUGUCAUAUGUACCGUGAAUCGUUCUG